CGUUUGGAAAGCUGGACGUAUUGGUGAACAGCGCCGGUAUCCUAACGCGAGGCACCACCGAGAAUACCACACUCCAGGCCUACGACGAGCUGAUGAACGUUAACCUCAGAUCUGUGUUUCAUUUGAUGCAACUGUCGAUCCCUCACUUGAGGCAAACCAAAGGCGCUAUCGUUAACGUGUCCAGUGUUACAGGACUUAGGGCUUUCCCGGGAGUACUGGCGUAUAAUCUGAGUAAAGCCGGAUUGGAUCAGUUGACAAGAACUGCGGCUCUAGAACUGGCGGCCGAUGGUGUCCGUGUGAAUGCUGUCAAUCCCGGUGUUAUCGUAACAGAAGUUCACAAACGUGGAGGAAUGGGUGACCAAGAAUAUGAAAAAUUCCUAGAGCACAGCAAAACCACG